AUGCUCUGGGAGUGGCUAGUGAUGCCGCAGGGGCUAAGUAACGCCCCUGCAACGUUCAACAGAUGUGUUACGAAUCUGUUGCGAUCGGAGAGCGAUUUCGUACCGAGUUACUUUGACGAUGUCUUCGUCCAUAGCCGGGCUGUGGAUGGAAAGACGGACGUGGAGGCUUAUAGAAUUUAUGUCCGGAAGGUUCUUAAUCUAAUGCGAGAGCGCAAGUUGUUCGCGAACCUCAAGAAGUGUAUCUUUGCAGCGAACGAAAUACCACUUCUUGGCUGCAUUGUGGAUAAAAACGGUGUACGCCCUGAUCCGGUAAAGAUCAAGGCAAUUAGCGACUGGCCUGUGCCAGUCGACGUCAAGGGACUUCGAAAGUUCCUUGGGUUGUCGGCGUACUUGCACAAACACUCGCGCAUCUAUGCCAAGACGACCGUACAUCUCUCUCGUCUACUAAAGAAAAACGAGAGGUGGUCAUGGAGUGCUGAGUUUCAGCACUCUUUCGAAGGUAUGAAGAAAAUCUUGAUACAAAUGCCUGUGUUGGCGAUUGCAGAUCAGGACUGA